AAUACAUUGCUAUUUCUGGCCGGGCGGCCGGAGCCGGGCAGGGGGCCGGCUCUGCCUCCCCCUCCCUCCAAUGGCGAGGCCGCCCCCGGCCCCCGGCCCCUCCUCGCCGUGACGUGCCGGCCCGGGGCAGAGGAGGCUCCCGAGCCCUUGGCUGUCCCUGCAGAAGCUGUAACAAAACGCAGACCCCCAGCGCCGGGCUAAUGGAGGCAACUUAGACAGGAGCAGGCGCAGCCCCUCGUCUCUCGGCGCUGCCUGCUCCCCCCGCACCGGGCGCGGCGCUCCCCGCCGAGCCGCCGCCCGAGCGCCGCCGGGCCCGCGGGACUGCCUGGCCGCUUGCGUUGCCCCGAUGAUGUUACCGAGCCCCGUCACCUCCACCCCUUUCUCCGUCAAAGACAUCCUCAACCUGGAGCAGCAGCAGGACCCGCGCUAUGGGGCCCAGCUCCCGCACCACCUGGAGCACCACUUCCACCCCGCCGCCUGCCUGCUGGCGGCCGCCGACGGCGCCCGCUUCUCCGACGGCGAGGAGGAGGAGGAGGAGGAGAAGCUGUCCUACCUGAGCCCCAUGGCAGCGCCCGGCGGCCAGGCGGACGCGCGGAUCUCCGCCGACAACUACGUGCACGCCGUGCUGCGCGGCUCCUGCGAGGCCCCCGGCCCGGGAGAGGAGCUGGACCCCGCGGCCCGCGACCCAAAGAGCUGCGUCCUGAAGAAGCCGCUGGAUGCGGCGGAGAAGGCGGAGGAGGCGGAGAGGCCAAAGCCGCGGAGCCGGAGGAAGCCGCGCGUCCUCUUCUCCCAGGCGCAGGUCUUCGAGCUGGAGCGGCGGUUCAAGCAGCAGCGUUACCUGUCGGCGCCCGAGCGGGAGCACCUGGCCAGCAGCCUCAAGCUCACCUCCACGCAGGUGAAGAUCUGGUUCCAGAACCGGCGCUACAAGUGCAAGAGGCAGCGGCAGGACAAGUCGCUGGAGCUGGGCGGCCCCGCGGCCCCGCCGCCGCCGCGCAGGGUGGCCGUGCCCGUGCUGGUCCGCGACGGCAAGCCGUGCCUCGGCGGGUCGCAGGGCUACAGCUCGGCGUACAACGGGCCCUACUCCUACAACGGCUUCCCCGCCUACGGCUACGGCAACGCCGCCUCCUACAACCCCGGCUACGGCUGCACCUACCCGGCGGGCACCGGCGGCGCCUCCAUGCAAGCCGCCUGCAGCCCGGCGGCGGCCGCCGGCCCCUUCGUGAACGUGGGCGGCCUGGGGGGCUUCGGCGGCGGCGGCCAGCCGCUGCACCAGGCGGCGGCGGGGCCCUCCUGCAGCCAGGGCGCACUGCAGGGCAUCCGGGCCUGGUAGCCCGCACGCACUGAGGGCCGGGGGCGGACCGGCAGGACGGCCCGGCGGCUCCGGGGCCCCGUUAUCAUCCGCACCGCAGCC